AUGGAUCGUACCAUUACACCUCCUUCAAGUAGCAUAAGAUUAGGUCAGUCUUCUGACUCUAUAUAUUCAGCUUCAGAAUAUGCUCCUUCAGAGUUUGAUCCCCAAGAUGAAUCCUGGGAAGACUGGGAAAAUGAAGACAUGGAAUCCCAAUGUUUGUUUUGUCCUUCUACUUUUCCUCUUCCUGAAGAAGCUUUUGCACAUUGUAAAACUAUUCAUGGUUUUGACUUUUUACAAAUCAAGAAAUCCCUUAACCUCGACUUUUACAAGUGUAUUCGUAUGAUCAAUCAUAUUCGUCGACAAGUACAACAACAACCUGAAUUAGCAGAAACUAAGGAAUAUACACUCACUGGUCAAGAAGAUUUUUGGAACGACGAUACAUUAUUACAAUCUGUUUUAGAAGAAGAUGCUCUUUUACAUGCUUUUGAGGAACUUGAUCUGCUGGAUGAAGAUGAAUGUGAUGAUCAUGAUCGACCUACUGCUACCACCUCCAAAAUGGCGCAAUUGGAUUUGACCAAGUUAAAACCAAAUACUGAUUUAGAAAAUCAACUCCUACAAAUCUUACAAGAAACUCUGGACCGGAACAAAAAUCUCGAAGGGCAAUUUGAAGAAUAUAAAUCAAUGGUGAAGACUACAUUUUUUGAUAAUUUGGUAGAUGUGAAUAGUGAGCCCAAGACUGAACAAAACAAGGGGUUAAAUGAUGAAGGCAACUAUUAUUUCAAUGGAUAUGCUCACAAUGAUAUUCAUGAACAAAUGUUAAAGGAUAAGGCUCGCACCGAAGCAUAUCGUGAUUUUGUAUAUGAAAACAAGGAUAUCUUCAAAAAUAAGGUUGUAUUGGAUGUUGGUUGUGGUACAGGUAUUCUUUCAAUGUUCGCGGCCAAGGCUGGUGCCAAACAAGUUAUCUCUGUUGAUAAUUCUGCCAUUAUUGAAAAGGCCAAGCUCAAUGUCAAGGAAAAUGAAUUGGAUCAUAUUAUUACUCUUGUGCGUGGAAAGGUGGAAGAAAUUGAAAUUCCUGUCAAACAAGUGGAUAUUAUCAUUUCUGAAUGGAUGGGUUACUUUUUAUUAUUCGAAGCCAUGUUAGACUCGGUAUUGGUGGCUCGUGAUCGUUGGCUUGCUCCUGGUGGUAUCAUGGCGCCAAGUCAUACACGUAUUCUGAUGGCAGCAUUGGAUGAUGAAGAUCUCAAGGACGACAGAGUCAACUUUUGGAAUGAUGUAUAUGGAUUCAAGAUGUCAGCGAUGAAGGAACCUGUCAUCAAUGAAGCUGUUGUAGACUUUAUCAAACCCAACACGGUGAUGUCCAAUGUGGUGACACUCAAGGAUCUUUAUUUGCAAACGAUCACGACACAAAAGUUGGAUUUCAUCACGAAAUUUGAAUUGGAAAUCAAGCGGGACGGGACAGUGUAUGCAUUCGGUGGCUGGUUUGAUACUUGGUUUACUCGUGAUGGUCACCCUAUACCUUUGGAACAAGCUGAACAACGUGUAGGAGGGGAAACAUUCUUGACAACUGGACCUUUUGGCGAAGAUACUCAUUGGAAACAAACCAGCUUUAUUUUGGAAACACCUUUACAUGUCAAGCGUAAUGACAAGAUCAUUGGUACUUUUAUCUGCCACAAGGGAUUGGAGAAUCCUCGGGAAUUGGAAUGCGAAAUCGAAUAUGCUAUAGAUGGUGGUGAUACGCAAGUUCAACAUUAUAUGGUCCGUUGCUAA